AUGAAAAAUAUAAUAGGAUCUGAAGCUGAGGAAACGAACGAUCCUAAGGAUUGUACUCGGAGAAAAAAGUUUAGAAAAAGAACAGCAUUUGCACCUAACAAGUUAGCCUAUUUGGCAUAUACAGCAGGACAGCAUGCCAAAAGUAGGAGGUUAGAAAUAGCAAACCAGUUAAGAAACGAGGAAAAUGUAAAUAGUGAUGAGUAUUUAUUUGAAAAUGUAAAUAGUAAUGCAGAUUUUUUGGAUAAUAUUUCACAAAAUUCGAGUGGAAGCGAAUUAUCACCACGUUCACCAAUUAAUUGUGGAAAUUCAAUAUCAAGCACACCAACUUCAUCUUUCUUACAGGAUGAUGAUGAAUUUAUAGAAAAUUUAGACGUGACAAAUCAAUCAGGAGAAGAAGGAGAAGAGGAGACACCUGUUUUUAUAUUCGAUAUUAAAGGAAUUAAUUCAUUGAAUCUUGGAAUUAAUAUACCGAAUGGAGCAGAAGAUUUGAUAAGCAAUAAGGCCAUUUUAAAAAAGGAUUAUCAUUUGGUUCAUUUCCUUCAAAAUCUGAAAAAGAGAAGACACAAAGAAUGGUUUAGAGCAUUUAGAGAUUUUACCAAUUCGAAACGAUCACAAAAUCAAGGUGAAACCUCACUCGUUCUUGCUUCAGAUUCAGUAAUGGAAGAAAGAAUUGAUAAUCUGAUCAAAAUGUUCUCAAGACAAUUCUCAAUUAAAAAAAAAUGA